CCUGUGUUCCCGGUGAUGGGAAAGGGCGAUGGGGCCGGAGCAGCAGCCACCGCCUCCCCUGGGGUGUGGGGGGCACCAGAACAACCCCCCAUUGGGGUAUGGGCGGCACAGGUGGGGCUCCCCACACUGACCCCCCUGCCCCCCCAGAACGGGGAGCUCAAGCUGGCGGAUUUCGGGCUGGCCCGGGCCUUUGGCAUCCCCGUGCGCUGCUACUCAGCCGAGGUGGUCACUCUGUGGUACCGGCCCCCCGACGUCCUCUUCGGUGCCAAGCUCUACUCCACCUCCAUCGACAUGUGGUCAGCUGGGUGCAUCUUCGCAGAACUGGCCAAUGCGGGGCGGCCCCUCUUCCCGGGGAACGACGUGGACGACCAGCUGAAGAGGAUCUUCCGGCUGCUGGGGACCCCCACGGAGGAGCAGUGGCCGGCCAUGGCCAAGCUGCCGGACUACAAGCCCUACCCCAUGUACCCGGCCACCACCUCCCUGGUCAACGUGGUGCCCAAGCUGAACGCGACCGGCCGGGACCUGCUGCAGAACCUGCUCAAGUGCAACCCGGUGCAGCGGAUCUCGGCAGAGGAGGCCCUGCAGCACCCCUACUUCACUGACUUCUGCCCGCCCUAGGGCCCCCCAACCCGCCCUGGCUCCCUCCCCCUUCCAGGGAGGGUGGCCCCCAGCCCCCCUCGGCCGGGUGCCAACCCAUGCCAGCCCCCCCAAACUGCAGCGUCCCCCCCCGGUAUUUAUUAGGUUCUGCCCCAGCUGCAGGGGGCUGGCAUGGUGCCCCCAAACCCCCUGGCCCUGGAGGAGACUGAGGGCACUCAGACCCCCCCCGGUGGCACAGGACCCCCCUGGGGGCAGGGGACCCCUCCAGGGCAUGAGAGCCCCCCGAGGACAUGGGGCCAUGAUGCUGGUGGAGGGACAGGACCCUCUGGGACCAGGCAUGGGGACCCCGCGGGUGGUGGGACCCCCACCCCUCUUGUCCCUGCUUCCCCUCAGCCCCUUCCCUGCCUGGGGGGGGUUCUGGAUACAGCCCCCCUGGGGGGGGCGGGGGAGGACCCCAUUUCUUUUCUAGGGCACUGCUGUAUGUGGAUGAUGUGCGAUUGGAACCCCAUAAAGAGCUUUCCCCCCCC